GGCGGCGUGAGGCUGAGAGAUUCUCCAGCUGCCGGAGGAGGAGGAGGAUGAAGCCAACUGAUGUCAGUUGUGAACUGAAAGUGGAAACUUUGUGACGUCUUCCUCUUCUCGUACCUGGCACCAGACUUCCUGUCCCGACUCUGCCAUGAGUGACAUCUAUGAGUCAGCGGCCCACUCGCUGGGUCUGUUCAGCAGUCCAUGUCUCACCAAAGUGGAACUCAGGCUCACGUGCAAGGCCAUCUCCGACCGGGACGCUCUGUCCAAACCAGACCCCUGCAUCGUCCUCAAGAUGCAGUCGCACGGCCAGUGGAUGGAGGUGGACCGCACGGAGGUGAUGCGUAGCUGUGUAAACCCCUCCUAUUCAAAGGUCUUCACCUUGGACUUUUACUUUGAAGAGGUGCAGCGUCUGCGCUUUGAGCUGUACGACAUCUACAGCAACUACAACGGUGUUAAGGAUGCCGACUUUCUGGGGGCGGUGGAGUGCACACUGGGACAGAUCAUCUCCCAAAGGAAGUUGUCCAAAGCGCUGCUGAGGCCAGGGGGCAUCGUGGGAAAGACCAUUAUCACGAUCACAGCAGAGGAGCUGACUGGGAAUGACGAUUACAUUGAGCUUUCCUUCAGUGCCAGGAAGCUGGAUGACAAGGACUUCUUCACUAAGUCAGAUCCAUUCCUGGAGAUCUAUCGCCUCAACGAGGAUGCCACACUGCAGCUGGUCUACAGAACAGAGACGGUGAUGAACAACUUGAAUCCCGUUUGGAAAACCUUCAAAGUUUCCCUCAACUCGCUCUGCAAUGGAGACCAUGAGCGCAAGCUGCAGUGCACUGUGUGGGACUGGGACUCUAACGGGAAACACGACUACAUUGGAGAAUUUGAGGCCACCUUCAAGGAAAUGAGGGGCGCCAUCGAUGGACGACAGGUGCAGUGGCCGUGCAUCAACUCCAAAUACAAAGUGAAGAAGAAGACCUACAAGAACUCUGGCAUCGUCAUCCUCAAUCAGUGCAAGAUCAUCAAGAUGCACUCCUUCCUGGAUUACAUCAUGGGGGGCUGUCAGAUCCAGUUCACCGUCGCCAUUGACUUCACGGCAUCCAACGGUGACCCUCGCAACAGCUGCUCGCUGCACUACAUCCACCCGUACCGACCCAACGAAUACUUGAAGGCACUGGUGGCGGUGGGCGAGAUCUGCCAGGACUAUGACAGUGACAAAAUGUUCCCGGCAUUUGGCUUUGGCGCUCGCAUCCCACCUGACUACCAGGUCUCACACGACUUUGCAGUGAAUUUUAACGAGGACAACCCUGAGUGUGCAGGCAUUCAGGGGGUGGUGGAGGCCUAUCAAGCCUGCCUCCCCAAGCUGCAACUCUAUGGACCCACCAACAUCGCCCCCAUUAUCAACAAGAUCGCCAACUCCGCCUCGCAGGAAGUCCACACCAAAGAGGCCAUGCAAUACUUCAUCCUACUCAUCCUGACGGACGGCGUCAUCACGGAUAUGGCGGACACCAGGGAGGCCAUCGUGCAGGCAUCUCACCUCCCCAUGUCCGUCAUCAUCGUGGGUGUGGGCAAUGCAGACUUCAGUGACAUGCAGAUGUUGGACGGCGACGAUGGGAUCCUGCGCUCGCCCAAAGGAGAGCCCGUCCUACGGGACAUUGUCCAGUUUGUUCCUUUCCGCAACUUCAAGCAUGCGUCCCCGGCGGCGCUAGCUAAGAGCGUGCUCGCAGAGGUGCCCAACCAGGUGGUGGACUACUACAACAGUAAGGGCAUCAAGCCCAAAGUGCCGAGCCACUACCAGUCUUCCAGACCCUUUGGACCAUGAGCAUCUGCCUUCGCCAUCAUGGCCGUCACUCUCCUGAAAAGCACAACUUUUUUUUGUUUUUUGUACAUUUUCACCACAAUGACACUUGUUGGAACCUUUUGUCACAUUUGUGUUGAGGGCAGGACAUCCUGUUAACGUAGCGUCCACUUUGGGAGCAUGUGAUCAAACUGUUGGCUAGUGUGUUAGCGACUAGCAGACUUUAGUCCCCUCUAGCUAGUUGUAGCAUCUUUAGCAUCUGUCGUGCAUGCAAGGCAGAGGAAAGUGUGCACAGUGAGUGUGCACGUCGACGUGUCCGGGGAGUGUUUCUAGUGCACGUACCCCCCCUACCUCUAGAUUGUUUUGCUAACUUUGCUAAGUUGAAGCGUAGUGGAGCCAGCACAAGUGCACGUGCUGUCAGGCUCGUGCAUGCUUGCGUGUUGUUUUGCAUGCAAACGUGCACACUCGCGGUCAUGAUGUUUACAUGUGGCUCUACUAGCAUGCUCACAAGCGCGUGAAGGCAAGAGCCCCCACCUUCCCGUUAGUAUGGAUCUCAUGCGGAGCUUCCUGGUCUGUGUUUCAAUUUGUGCACUUCCAUAACUUCAGUAGGUGUACUCUGUACUUUGUUCUGAAUACAGCUGGGAUAGACUCCAGCAUACCCGCGACCCUAGUGAGGAUAAGCGGUAUAGAAAAUGGAUGGAUUGAUAGUUCUUCAGUGUAUGAAUUUUGACAGUAUAGUGCUGUCCCAAAUCCAUUACAGUACUGUACACUUACUAGACGUGACGGUUGCAAUAUUUGCCUUCUUUAUCUCUCCAUUCUAAUCAUGUAUUACAACCACUCAAGUUAGUACCUCCCCUUCCGCUACAUAGCCAAAUGGCUACCAUUGAGGGCAGCAAUUGUCCCUCAAUCCACAUUGAACAUCUGGCUGCUGACAGCGUACUACAUUUUGCCGUGAACACAUCAUAUGCACUCAGAAAAAGGAAGCGUAAGUACGCUAGUGCACCAAUUGAGACACAGCCCUGACACAGCCUUUUUGAAUCCUCAUACUUCCUGGUUGUGACUGUUUGAUGCAAUAUAAAGGACGGGUUUUGGGUCACAUGGCCUGCUGAUGUAUGACAAUAAA